AAAGACAUUUCAUUUGUCGCCGGCCGGCUCGCAGGGAGCACCUUCAACAGUCUUGGGGUUUUUUCACUCCAGGCCCCAAAGUCAAGCUUUAAAAAGAAUCUAGCAGCAUGGAGAAGACCUCUACAGCGAGGGUCAGGCGGCUGGCGCCCAUGGCCGCCGCUCAGCCUACACUCGGGCACUUACCUCCAGAGCCUAUACUCCAACGGUAGUCUUUUGUGGGCGCGAGGCAGAUCUGAGAGACAUGCAGGCUGUCAUCCGAGGAUCAGUAUCACCUCCAUGAGUGAGGCAGAUUGCAGCCCCUCGACCUGCACCCGACCACAUCCAGCACUGUGAGAGAUUUCCCAGAGGGCUGACUGGGAUUGAACACACCUGUGGGGCUGAAGAGUCAUGCUUGUAAAAACAGGUAGCUGGAGUUGUCCUCCUGCAGGAGAUCCUAUACAUCCAGCUUGAGGACAUUUUGGCUGCGAUCCACCUCCCUCCCCUCCCCCAUCAUCUUCCCCCUCCUCCACCCCCUCUGGCUGGCAUUGAGGCGAAUGUGAGCGACCCUGCGAGGGGAACGUGGGAAAGAGGAAGAAGAUGUAUCGAGCGCUGCUACUUUCCUCCUCCCUCCUCAUCGUGAUGAGCAGUCCCCAGUUCCACCCUCACCGCGGGAGGAGGGUGUGCCAGAAGGACGUCCGUCACAAUGUCGUCAUGGUAACAGAGUCCUACGUCCAGCCAGUUCACAAACCCUACAUCACCGUGUGUCAGGGCCAUCGCCUCUGCAGCACCUACAAGACCACCUACUCGCUGGCUUACCGGCAGGUCAGCAGAACCGUGUCCACUUCCCAUUCAGUCCCAGAGUGCUGCCCGGGCUGGAGGCGGCUUCACUCUUCCAACUGCAACCAAGCCGUGUGCAGACACCUGUGCAUCAACGGGGGCACCUGCCAGAGACCCAACCUCUGCGCCUGUCCUCCUGGCUGGACGGGGGACCGGUGCCAAACAGACGUGGACGAGUGCAGCGGGAAGCAUCCGUGCGUCCAGCGGUGCGUGAACACAGCCGGCAGCUACCGAUGCGCGUGUGGAGACGGCUUCAGGCUCGCCGCAGACGGGCAUUCGUGUCAAACCCUUCCUACUCCCCCUCCUGACAUUCCCACCCAGGACGAGGAGACCAGAGGGGGUGAUCAGAGGGAUGCGGGUGGACGGGUCGCCCUGGUCGAGAACGUGACAGAGGAGGUGAAGAGUUUAAGGAGCAGAGUGGAGCUGCUGGAAAAGCAGCUGCAGUUGGUGUUGGAGCCCUUCAGCAGCUUCUUCCCGCUGUCGCUGGACGAGGGCCUGACAGAGAAAACCACUUUGCUCUCUCACUCUUUUCGGCAGCUGGACCGCAUCGACUCACUCAGCGAGCAGGUCGGCUUUCUGGAGGAGCGCCUUGGCACAUGCUCCUGCCAGGAGAAUUAGCCACAGAGCUCGGCCUUCACCCUUUCAGCGAUUAAGAAUGUGCGCUUCAAGAUGGCUGCAGGACAGUGAUGGCAGAUGUCCGAAUGUGUCGUCAGUCUUUCGUGAUUCUCCUCGUCCCGCCCUUUCCCUGUUUAAAUGAGGUUGUAAGUGCAGCAGCAGGCCUGGUAUCACCAUUAUGUCACUGUUGCAGCGCUUCAGUCAAACCCUCAGGGGUUCAAAAGUCAGAGUAGCCACUUAGUGUCCGAGUUUGCUUUACAUCAGUGCAGCUGUGUCCUCCGUCAGAGGGCUGAAACCAACAUCUGUAUUUAUGUAUUUAAUUUAUGAUUACUUUUAAUCAUCUCCCUGAGCUCCAAAAUACAUUUUUACUUAGUUUUGUAACUUUUGUAAUAAAAACCUUGACCAAAACA